AUGCUGCUAUUUACAAAGCUCGCGGCUCCCAAGGCCCCGAAGCGUCGGUCAAGAGCUGGUUGCACAUCCUGCAAAGAAAGGAAAAAGAAAUGUAACGAGGAACGACCGCAGUGCUCCCGCUGUGCGGAGCGAGGGAGCUCCUGUGUUUAUGAGCCCGUUAGGCCCAGGCAGCGCAGGAAGCGUGACUCUUUCGUUUCCUCGCUGGCCGACGCCUCUACCAACGGAGACCGGCAACAUGAGUCUGAAGCAGACGACCAUGGCGUCCGAUUUGAUAGGUUCGACGCCUGCGAGGACCGCCUUGGUCAACAUCAACGCGUCUCACAUGACUGGGGACAUCAGCCUUGGCAAGCGAGCAUACCUGAUCCUUUUGACGAUGAUCUUAUCUUUUCUCCACUGGACGACACUUUUGAUCCAAAUAUACUACUGGCGCCUCCCCUGGAGAUCAGCUCGGUUACAAUAAAUCCGGAUGAAGAUCUCGCAGGCCCGCUCAGCUCGACUACUCAGCCAAGAGUGCUUAGAUACGACGAAGACGACGACGAUGGCGAGGAGGAAAUCGACAUCGGAGGAGGAGGGGCAGGGCUGAUCGGGAUCAAGCACGAUAGGAGGAGCUCCUUCACGUCGACAACAACCGUGGCAACAAACACAACCACCGGAAACACCAUCUUCAGCACCGACCUUACAAUCUGCUCCCCUGCCACGGUCCGGUCACCUCUGCUCGAGUUCACAUGCCCUUCGUUUUCGGAAUUUUCCGAGAACCCACGCCAACGGUCGCUGGUGGAUCACUUUUGCAACGUCCUUUCUCAUUUAAUUGUCUUUCGCGAGGAGACGGGCAAUCCAUUUCAGCAGCUCGUUCUACCACUGAUGCGUAGCGGUGGUGGUGGUGGUGGUGGCGGCGGCGGCGGCAACUCACCUGUUGCCGAUGCGGUUUUUGCGCUCGCGGGAGCGCAUUUGGAGCAUCGAGGUGUGGAUGUGCAAGGGGGCGAGAAGUCUUUAUACUACCACCACCGGGCAAUCCAGGGGCUUGCCGGGUUGAUAAGGAUGCACAAUGCGGGCGCGAAUCGAAAUGAGGUUCUGGCGGCUAUCAUGCUACUAAUUUACUAUGAAGUGCUGGUUCAGAGAGGCCGCUCCAACAUUGUCGAAGGUCAUCUCAAGGGUGCUCUGACAGUCAUGUGCUCGAAUCCGGAGCCCCUAGACUCGACGGGAAUCUUCCUCGAGCGAGCAUUCCGCUUCUACGACGUAAUCGCGGCUCUUUCAUUUGGCACAGCGCCACUGUCCACCGCCCCAGCAGCAGGCUGCCUUGUGCCAUUCCCGAUAUCGGCACCAACCGCCACUUCGACUCUCAACAACGUGGACAGUCUUCUGGGCAUGGCCACAACGCUAUGGCCGAUAAUUCAUCGUCUAUCGGCCCUCCUCCCGCUCAAGACCGACGUCGCAAAGGCGCGUGAUGCUGGCCAUACCGGCAAAGUCGCGGUUCUGCGAACAGAAUUCGAAACUACAGUCGGGGCUGUGGAGGCUGCACUGCUUGGAUGGACCCCCAACCUGCCGACCGGAUGGGUCCUUCACGAGAGUGAUUCAACCAAGCUGGUGGAAGAUAGCACUGCUGCGAAAGACGAAGCCUCGGCAGGGGAAGAGAAGAGGUCAGGUAGCGACUCGGCCCGGCUACACUCUAUUCUCAACAACGCCCUCGCAUACCGCAACUCGGCCCUCGUCUACCUCUACCGUACCGUGCUCUCGCACCCACGCGACCACCCGCUCGUCCAGCGCCAUACAAACCUCUCGCUGAGGCACUGCGCGGCAACUGUGGAACACCAAGGGCCGAUGGGCGCGCUGCUGUGGCCGCUGUUUGUCGCUGCGUGUGAGGCUGCGACCGAGGCCGAUCGCGAUACUGCGCGGACGGCUUUCGCGGCCAUCGACAAGAGGCAAGGCAUGACCAAUAUUGAGCGAGCAUGGGACAUUGUCCAGGAAGUUUGGAGAAGGGCUGAGAGUGGAGGUGGAGAGACUGUGAGGCCGGACAGAUUGGGGUCAGAGACCAGCCCUGCUCAGCUUUCAACGGCCUGCUCCCGAGAACUCAAAGGGACGGCUGAUAUGUGGAGGGUGGUUAGCCAGGAAAUGGGCGUAAACAUCGUUUUUGGAUGA